AUGCUUUGCUGGCAGAACUGGAGCAGAGCUCCCGCCCGGCCUCCAAGGACCACGCACUGCAGGCACCAAGCUCCUGCAAAAAGGAUCUGGGCACAGCUGGGCUCCCAGCCCCCCAUGGCCGUGAGCCACUUGCCUCAGCGGCCCUGAAGGUGCAGCUACCGCCUCGGGCUCAGCCUCCAGGAGGGGCUCUGAAGACAGUGUACAGCAGCCCCACACCGGUCCCACAGCUGCAGCUCCCGUUGCCACCACCCACAGCAGAUGCCCAGCAGCUGGAUGAUCUCCUGGCUGACCUGGGCCACAGGCAGAGCAAGCUAGUGGCUGCGGGACAGGGAGCCAGGGUGCCAGGGGAGCCCUCGCCCUCGCUGGACAACAUGCUGGGCAGCCUCACCCGGGACCUGCAGGAGCUGGGCAUCACAGCCACUCCCGCUGGCAUCUGCGCUGCCUGCUGCAAGCCUAUUGCCGGCAAGGUGUUCACAGCCCUGGGCAAAACCUGGCACCCCGAGCACUUCACCUGCACCCAGUGUGGGCAGGAGCUGGGUGGCCAGCCCUUCUUUGAGCGGGGUGGGCAAGCAUACUGUGAGGAAGACUACCACCAGGCCUUCUCCCCCCGCUGUGCCUACUGUGCUGGCCCCAUCUGCGAGAAAGUCCUCACGGCCUUGGACCAGACCUGGCACCCCGAGCACUUCUUCUGUGCGUACUGUGGGAAGGUGUUUGGAGAUGACGCCUCAGGGCGCAAGUACCACCCUGAGCACUUCAUCUGCGCCUAUUGCCUGGGCCAGCUGCAGAAAGGCACCUUCCGCGAGUGCGGCGACAAGAUGUACUGCCAGCCCUGCCACGACAAGCUCUUCCUCUGA